AUGGAUUUUGUUUUCAGAGUGUUUUUUCUGCAGUUCCUCAUAUUCGGGCUGCUGGUGUCGCAUGUACGACCGCAAACCGGCGGAACCGAUUGCCACGGCAAGGACUACCUGUGUCUGGACGAUGUCCGAUUUCAACUUUGUGUAGAUUAUGGUGACGGAAAACCGACGACCGUUAACGAUGAGGUGCAGAACUGUCCGCAGGGAACGUUCUGUAGCAACAGUGGUCACUACGAGUGCGAUUCGUUCGUGCCACCAUCGACCACUGCCGAGCCGCACGUUAACGUUGAUGACGAUGCUACGGCACAGCCAGAAACGGGGGAAAACGCCACGAAUGAACCAGAGGUGGAGGUAGAAGAUGCUACUUUGCCCGCAGCAACAGAAGCAACGGAUGCUCCCGCAAACAACCCUGCUACAGAGGGCGCCAAUGACGACGACGCACCGGCAAAUCCCGAAGUAGACGAACCGCUCGAACCGGUAGAGGUGGAAGUCACAACGGUGGAAGAUGUGCCCGCCCAGGAAUCUUCCACAGCAACGGUUGAAGCGGCGACUAACGAGGUUCCGGAAGAAGAAGUUGCAGUUCCAUCAGAAGGUACCGAAUUGCCGGAACAGUCGGAAACAACCGUAGCGCCGGAGACGGUCCCAGUGCAGCCGGAGGAGGAAUCAGCACCAUCAACAUCGGGCCCCGAAGAGGAAGCGGUCGAAACAACGUCGCAAUCAAACAAUCCGGAAGCCGAACAAUCCCCCGUGGAAACGACGGCACCAGCCGAGCCGGAAGUAACCAAUCCACCAGCAGCAGAAGAAUCAACGACUUCAUCGCCCGAAGAAACGACGGUUGCGCAGGAGACCGAACCAGAACCAGUUGCAACGGAUGCACCCGAGGUGGAAGUUGGUGAAAACACGGAAUCGGUUGUUACGACCGAACAGACGGACGGUUCCGAAUCAUCUGGCCCUACGGAAUCGGAAGCAACGACAGUGGGUUCGGCAGGUGAGGAGGCAGAACAAUCGUCCACGGAUGCUACUGAAGCCGUCACGACGGAAGAUAGUCUCCCAUCCGAACAACCAACGGAGAGUGUUACCGCUGAGAGUGAAGUACCGCAAGAUUCGUCAACGGUCGCCGCUUCAGAAGCUCCCGAACAGGAAGUAACGGAAGUGCCUGUGGAUGGUAAUAGUGUGGCUCCCGAAACAACCGCUCGGCCUGAAACCGGCGAACAGGAAGGUUCUGAAGUGGAUCCAUCUGAGCCGUCGGUUGUUCCAGAUGUGCCUGAACCAUCCGCACAACCGGAGACUUCGGAAUCCGUCACAGAAUCAGAAGCUGCUGAUACGACCCUGGCUCCAGAAGUUCCAGAAUCGAGCUCCGACCCUUCGGUAGAACCAGAAGCUCCCGAAUCUUCCAGUGUCAGUUCGGAACCUUCCGAGACAAACGCGCCAGUGACAGAGAACGAAACCACCUCGACUAGCCCUCCAAGCCCCAGCGAUGAAGACAGCUCAUCCUCUGACCCCAACACUAACGAGUCGGGUUCAAACGAAGGAUCCGCUUCCCAGGACUCCACGGAAGCGCCAUCGGCUGAAUCGAACGAAGGCACCGGAGUCGUCCCUCAAGCACCAGGAUCCAGCCCAUUCGUGUGUUCUGCUGCGGGUCGCUUUGCAAAUCCGACCGACUGUCACAAAUACUACGUCUGCUUCUGGUUGCCAUUCGGUCUGUACAGUCUCGAGCAGAACUGUCUGGCCGGGUACGCGUAUAACCCUACGCUCGAACGGUGUACUGCCGACCAGAGCGUUUGCUUCCCGGGACAGUUCACCUGCAUGGGACCGGGUCGGUUCCCCGAUCCAACCGAUGCGACCCAGUACUUCUGGUGCGUUUGGAACAUGUUCGGUGGCUACCUGCAGUACAAGAUGCAGUGCCCGAUGGGGCAGGUGUUCAAUCCGUUCCGUGGUCGCUGUGCGUUUGUGGUAGCGGGAACUCGUUCGCUUCCGUUGGACGAACUGGACGACGGAGAGCUGGUCGUUGAUGAGGCAUCGACCCAAACGGAUGAUGUGGUAGUGGAGCCGACCCAGCCAGCAGAACCCGUCGCCCCGGUGGAAGAUCAACCGAAGCUGAAGGUUAAGUUCCAGUGCCUGGAAGAGGGCACCUUUGCCGAUCCGAAUAACUGCAGCCGUUACUUUGUCUGCACGCUGAAGAAGCUGGACAAGUACAAGAAGAGCAAGUUCAAGUGCGCCACCGGUGAGCGUUUCGAUCCGCUGGUAAGCGCGUGCGUCCCCGAUGUGGAUGCCCUGUGCGAAUAG